AUGGCGCGUCCGUGCCGCGGAGCUAUCCGCGCGGACCUCUACCUGCGCGCCUCUACCUGCAGUGAUCGUUUUAGUAUCGUGCGGAGCGCACGCGUCAGCGCAGUACAAUCGACAUCAGUCAUGGCGAAUAUUGACACGAGUCGAGUGAUCGAUGAAGUUCGUUUGAGAAAAUGUUUGUGGGAUGCCUCUGAUCCUCUAUACAAAAACAAAGACGCGAAAAAUAGAGCUUGGGAGGACAUUGCCGACGUCAUCUUUGAAAAUAUUACAGAACAAAACGAAAGAAAACAAAAUGUUAAUGAAGCAUCUCCAGAAAACGUAACGUCUCCAGAAAAUACAGAAUCUCUAGAAAAUAUUUCAUCUCCACAAAACGUUACGUCUCCAGCAGCAUUACCAGAGAAUAUUGCAUCACCAGAAAACACAGUGACUUCAGAAAAUACACAGCGUGCAAGUAAUCACGGAUCACAAAAUCCAUGGAUCCAAAAAAGAAAAAAUAGACCACGACAAACAAAUCAAGAAAAUUCAUCAUUUGAACGCGAGUUAUUGACUUUGCUGUCUAACCAGACACCUGAUCUUGCCUCUGAUGACCUGGCUUUUUUUUCCUCGUUGGGUCCAAUUUUACGCGAUUUUGAUAUUGAAGAGAAGUUAGAGUUUCGGGCAAGAGUGCUGCGCGAAGCAACGGCAAUUAAAAAUAUGCGAAAUAGGCCCAGUAGCUCUUCAUCUACCUCAAGAUUUUCACCAAGAUAUAAUACUUAUGCUGCUGGCGCAUCGUCAGAAUACGACUAUGUGUAUGAAACUACAACAGGUUAUCAAACAGCAGAGUAUCGCUCAGAUAAUAAUCGAUAUAAUUAA